GGCUGGAUACCUACCCAAACCCGUGCGUAAAAGAUAUUUUGGACAGACUCUUGGAUAUCCAAAAGUAGCUUCUUCUUCUUCUUUUUUUUUUUUUGAAAAUGACCUCGACCAUAAACUGAUCGCGGACAGAAACAAUCGCGUCUCAAGACCACACAAAGCCCAGACCGGUGCGUGAUCGAUCUUUGACUGUUUUGUUUCAAACCAGAAGUUUUUUUGUUUUUUUUCUGCUCGAGGAGAACCGCGCACGGCCCCGCUUGACCAGCCUCGGACGCCCAGGAGUCGCCAAAUCCACAGGUUAUAGAGUUCUUUAUCUUUUCAAUAGAUUCUAGCCAUGUGUGCAUUCAGUAGUUGGAGAUAAAGCUGCAGCCAAAAAAAAAAAAAGAAAGAGAAAAAAGUCUGGUGUGGUUGUGAGGGGGAGAGAGAGGGAGAGAGAGAGAGAGAGAGAGAGAGGGGGAGUGUGUGUGUGCGCUCUCGCUCGGUAGCCUCACCGGACCAGAGGAGGAGGAAAUCUGGGAGAGAGGGGGAAGACAAGCGGCGUCUCCAAGGAUGACUUUAGGGACGGAUAUGUCCGACAGCUCUGCAUUGUCCGAAGAUGUGGACAUCGAUGUGGUCGGGGGUGACAUAUCCGUCGGAAAGGACGGGAAGUACAUUCGCCACGAGUUCAACUUGGACAAUGACUCGGACGAUAAUUACUCCCAGAACGCGGCCGAGAGGGUCUCCUCCCCCGGGCUCAGCAGCUCCGACUGCCCGUCAGACCAGAUGGGCUCCGGCGCAGAGGUCGGCAGCGUGAUCGGGGACAAACCCAGAAAAAGCGCGCUGGUGAAGCCGCCGUACUCUUACAUCGCCCUGAUCACCAUGGCCAUCCUGCAGAGCCCCAAGAAGCGCCUGACUCUCAGCGAGAUCUGCGAGUUCAUCAGCAACAGAUUCCCCUACUACCGGGAGAAGUUCCCCGCCUGGCAGAACUCCAUCCGCCACAACCUGUCCUUAAACGACUGCUUCGUGAAAAUCCCACGAGAGCCGGGCAACCCCGGGAAGGGCAACUACUGGACCCUCGACCCGGACUCCGCAGACAUGUUCGACAACGGGAGCUUCUUGCGCAGGAGGAAGCGCUUCAAGAGGCACCAGGCGAACGAAAUCCUCAGGGACUCCGGUGGCUUUCUGCCCGGGUUUGGAUACGGCCCGUACGGAUACAACUAUGGACUCCAGCUGCAAGGCUUCCACGCAGCGCACAACCCGUAUCACCCGCACCACACAGGCGGCUCCUUCCCCUUCCCUAACGCGCCCUGCACCUUGCCCCCAUCAGCCUCUAUAUUCCCCGCGCCGCACCCCCUGCCCUCACUUUUAGGGGCCGACUUGAGAAAGCCCUUUUACCCCCAACUAAGCCCGUCUCUGCCGCCUCUCAAGACGGACUCCAGCGCCCCGAGCCGGCCUUCAUUCUCCAUUGACAAUAUCAUCGGUGGCGCCAACUCCACCGCCUCUUCCUACAGCGCGCAGCCGGGCAGCCAGGCGCAGAUCCUGGCCAUGUUGACCCCGGCACUGGCCUCUGCUUCCAGCCACUUGGACAUAUUACAACCCGGGCCACCGGGUCAGACUUUUUCCAGCAAAACCCCGACUAUGAACACUUGUCCUUUCUAGAAAAAAAAUGAAUAAAAUAAAAUGAAUGGCGAGACUGCCCCCACAAAGAACUUUUAAUAAAAAGCCAGUUGUGGCGUCGUGCUGUGUGAAGGACGGCUGAACAUGCUCGGUGAAAUAAGACUGUUUUCUGGCUCCUCUCUGUUUCCUAACAAUGUACGAGGAGAGAAAGGUUUAUUUAUGGUUUGUAAAUAUGUGUAUAAUAUUGACGGAAAAGCAAGAGAAACUUUGGAGUAGGAGCUUUUUAAAACACAACGCUGGCCUGCAAUCUGGCGUGUGGCCUUCACGUGCCGGUGGGAGAAAAAAAAAA